UUACCAGCGAGUCAAAGUAUUACUAUACUCUGUGCAGCGAGUCCAGCGACCGCUAUAAAUCAAAACUUUUUUUAGCUGAGUUUGUGAAAUUGUGAAUUUUGUUCUCCGAAAGUCCGUUACUCACGUAUUUUUGACUAUAUACACAUAUUGCAAAAUGGGAGAUGAUUUAAUUCAAGAUACAGAAAAUACUCAAACACAAACGCAAAAUUCACAAGUAGAAUGGAGUCAAACGAACACUCCAUCUUUCAUACCAAAUAUUUGGGGAAGACUUUACUCUACUAAAGUGUCCUUGUCGGGAAAAUAUUGCUGGAAAAAUAGUGCCUCGCACAACGCAGAAUAUUAUGAUCUUAUACAGCCUGAAUUUACUCUUGGAAGAGCUUUAACCUGUACCUUCCCAAUGACCAAAGAUAUCAUUAAAGAAAAUAUAAUUAAAAAUGUUAGCAAGCAACAAUUUAUAAUAAAAAGGGACUUAAGUGAAUCUCUUAAUCCUGCUAUCAUAACAGACUUGUCCCACAAUGGUACAUUCAUAAAUGGUGUAAGGAUUGGAAAAGGGAACAGCAGAGUUCUAGAUGAUAAUGAUGUUAUAUCUGUAACACAUCCUCUUGUUAAAAUUUUUUUAUUUAAAGAUCUUCUAAAAAAUGAACAAGACAAAGUACCAAAAGAAAUAUCACAAAAGUAUUAUAUUUCAAGGGUUUUAGGACAAGGAGCUUGUGGUAUUGUUAAACUUGUUUAUGACAAAACAACAUGCUCUAAAUAUGCAAUGAAAGUCAUUAAGAAGAGUAGAUUGACAAAUGGACAAAUAAAUCAUUUAAAUGAUCCAGUGAAAAUAAUGAAUGAAAUUAACAUAAUGACAGCUCUAAGACACCCAUGUAUAAUAUCUACAGAGGAGGUAUUUGAUUCUCUCGAUGCAGUGUAUAUUGUAUUAGAAUUAAUGCAAGGGGGAGAAUUGUUUGACAGAAUUUCAAAACUAGGAAGGCUGCCAGAGAGGCUCACCAAACUGUUGUUCAGACAAAUGGUUCUAGCAGUCAAGUAUCUUCACUCUCAAGGCAUUACACACAGAGACCUUAAACCUGAAAAUGUACUACUGGAGAGUAAAGAAGAUGAAACACUAGUGAAAAUCACUGACUUUGGGCUGAGCAAGUUUGUUGGCGAAGAUAGCUUUAUGAAAACUAUGUGCGGGACACCAUUAUAUUUAGCACCGGAAGUACUUCGAGCCAACGGGUUGAAAAGCUACGGUCCAGAAGUUGAUGUUUGGAGCUUGGGAGUUAUUUUAUUUAUCUGCCUUGUGGGAUACUUACCGUUUUCAUCAGAUUACAAGGAACUCUCACUUAGAGACCAGAUACUAAGUGGAAAGUAUCGUUUCUCUCAUUCUCACUGGAGAACUAUCAGUUUCGAUGCCAAGCUGCUCAUGAAAAAAAUGUUAACAGUCAGAGUUGACAGGAGAAUCACACUUGAUCAAAUUCUUAAUCAUACCUGGAUGCAGGACACUAGUGUUAUUUUGAGAACUGAACAGCUGCUUUCUCGAGUUUCGUCUGAAACAAAAUAUUAUUUGACAGAGUCAUCUCGCAAUUCAGAUGAGGAAAAUAAUAAUAUGGACAAAAUUGCUGUUUUAAAAAUAGUUGCAACUGGUAAACGGGCUCUAAGUGACACUUUUAACUCCUGUGAACCAAUCCCAAAAAAAUUGAGAGUUGAAAAUGAUCCUGAUAUUGAUGACACUGCUUCCACUAAUAGUUGCGGCUCACAUGAUUGAAAUAUCUCAAUACUCAAUGCUAGCUGGUGAUACACUAGUUUCCAAUAUUUUUUCUUUAUUUUGUACCUUCCAAUAAAUGACGGGUAUUAUUGUGUUUAUAUGAAUAGUAAUUAUUUUUAAUGGUAAAUUUUUAAAAUAUGUGGUGCCAUAUUCUAUGAUUGAUUUUAAAUUUGUGAUGAUACUACAAUGUAUGUUGUUGAUUAUCUUUUUUGUUUUUGACAUAGUAAUUUAGUUUUUACCAGUGAUUGAUGUAACUUCACUUUUUAUAAUGAAAAGUAUAGUAAAGUUCAAUGAUAAUUUUUGCGAAGGAAAAUUAUUGAUAUAUUUUUUUAAAUUAGGUGUAGUACUUCCAAAUUUAGAGAAAACAUUGUGAUAAUGUGAUAUUAAUUAUAAAUUUUAACAUUAAGAAAUAUAAUGAUGUAAGAUUAACUCUUACAUUGCUCCAACCCACCAAUUGUGCCAUGUUUUUAUCAUGUUACUUUGUCCAUAUGAUGUUUUUAUGACAGAGGGUCAUUGUUGUACAAUAAAACAGUCAUGAAAAAUAAA